CAUCAUUAGGGAAAUGAGGAGCAGGGUGUGGGGCUGCGGGUGCAGGAAGUGCUUCUGUUUCUCACCGCUGAACUGAGAGGUGAACUCCGCUCACCAGACUGGUUCGAGGGGUCCGGCAUGUGACAGGGUUUCAGAGCAGCCCUUUGCCAACACCCUUCAGCUAUGAGAGGCUCAGGAAUCUUGUCAGGUGGAGAGCUGCUGAUAAGUUAAGACUUGCAUGCUAUGGGGAGUAGACAUUGCUCUUUUAGUGUUUGGUGGAGGAUUUGGGUUGAUUUUUUUGUUUGUUUGUUUUUAUCAUUGUUUUAAAGAGUAUUACGAAUGGAGCCUUGGAGAUUCAGCGUGUCUGGUAAAUUCAGGAUCGUGGAGGUAAAUACAUGAAGACUGAUCAUACAGUUUUUGGAGCCUCUGCCUCAAUGGGUCCAGUCAUGCCGCCCAGCAAGAAGCCGGAGGGCUCAGGAAUCAGCGUUCCCAGCGGACUGAGCCAGCGGUACCAAGAUAGCGAUUUGUCAAAGGCGCUUCACGAUGACGAGGACCUAGAUUUCUCUUUGCCUGCCAUCAGAUUAGAUAAAGGGGCCAUGGAAGAUGAAGAACUAACUAACUUGAACUGGUUACACGAGAGCAAGAACUUGCUGAAGAGCUUUGGGGACUCGGUGUUACGAAGCGUCAGCCCCGUUCAGGACAUUGGUGAUGACACGCCUCCGUCCCCCGCCCAUUCGGACAUGCCCUAUGAUGCCAAGCAGAACCCCAACUGCAAACCUCCUUACUCCUUUAGCUGCCUCAUAUUUAUGGCCAUCGAGGACUCGCCAACCAAAAGACUGCCUGUAAAGGAUAUAUACAACUGGAUUUUAGAACACUUUCCGUAUUUUGCAAACGCUCCUACUGGAUGGAAAAAUUCUGUAAGGCAUAAUCUGUCCUUGAAUAAGUGUUUUAAGAAAGUGGACAAAGACAGAAGUCAGAGUAUUGGAAAGGGGUCCUUGUGGUGUAUAGACCCAGAAUAUAGACAAAAUCUUAUUCAGGCUUUGAAAAAGACACCCUAUCACCCAUACUCGCAUGUGUUCAAUACACCUCCCACAUCUCCUCAGGCAUAUCAAAGCACAUCAGGUCCACCCAUUUGGCCAGGAAGCACCUUUUUCAAGAGAAAUGGAGCUCUUCUGCAAGAUCCUGACAUUGAUGCUGCCACUGCCAUGAUGCUUUUGAAUACUCCCCCUGAGAUACAAGCAGGUUUUCCUCCAGGAGUGAUACAGAAUGGAGCUCGAGUUCUGAGUAGAGGAAUAUUUCCUGGAGCCAGGCCAUUGCCAAUCAGCCCUAUAGGAAGCAUGGCUGUUGCAGUAAGGAAUGGGAUAACAAACUGCCGGAUGCGGACAGAAAGCGAACAGUCUUGUGGCUCCCCCGUUGUUAGCGGCGACCCGAAGGAGGAUCACAACUACAGCAGUGCCAAAUCUUCCAACCACAGGAGCACAUCACCUGCUAGUGACUCCGUUUCCUCUUCCUCUGCUGAUGACCAGUAUGAAUUUGCAACUAAAGGUAGCCAAGACAGCAGUGAAGGAAGUGAAGUCAGCUUCCAGAGCCAUGAGAGCCAUAGUGAAACAGAAGAGGAGGACAAAAAGCAAAAUCGGAAGGAGACCAAGGAUUCUUUAGCUGACAGUGGGUAUGCAUCCCAGCACAAGAAAAGGCAACAUUUAAUGAAGGCGAAAAAAGUACCAAGUGACACACUGCCUCUUAAAAAGAGACGUACUGAAAAGCCCCCUGAGAGUGACGAUGAGGAGAUGAAAGAAGCAGCGGGAUCCCUCCUGCAUUUAGCGGGAAUUCGAUCCUGUUUGAAUAACAUCACCAAUCGGACGGCAAAGGGGCAGAAAGAGCAAAAGGAAACCACAAAAAAUUAGAACAAAUCAAUGAUUUGUUUGAACUUACAAAGUUUUGUUUCAGCACGUCAGGUGAAUUCUAAUGAUUUGUGGCAAUAUCAGCAAUUUUUCCUUUUUCGUUUUUCUUUCUAUUUGGUUUUAUUUCUUUUCUUUUUUUCUUUUUUUCCUUUUUUUUUUUUUUUUUUUUUUUUUUUUGGACCCUUAAGAUUUUUAUUUUUAAAGGAGAUUGAAGCCAUAGAACUCAUACUGACACUCAGCUAAUUUACAAAAGCUUUUCAUUACCCGAAGAGAAAAAGUUAACAACAAAAAAAAAGCCAAAAUCGCCAUUGCUUUCUCCGGCUUGUCAAAAAAUGCAUGGUUGAAUACGCAGUGACAUCAACAUUGUUGUGAUGGGAUAAGAUUGGGCACUUGGAAAUCUCUCUUACACUAGAAGAGAUUGCAUAAUUUAGUAGUCAUUCAGGCCUAGCCCUUAGGAAUUUUUUUAACGGCCUUACAAUUGGGAUGUGAGUGAAUGUGAAGAAAGAGAUUUGGGGGAAAGAGAAGGCGUGUACUUCUCACACCAAACCACAGACCAUCUAGUGGCACUUGGAUUCACCGUGCCAUAGAAGUCUUUGGACAGCCACUGGUGGCAGCUGCGCAUACCGUAAUGCACUUCCAGUGCGUCGUGUACGGUAUGUGGCUCCUAGCGGGAAGACUGGUGACUUUUGGGAAGUUGGAACUGUGUAUGCAACGAGUGAAAUAAUGAAAAGAAAUGGGGGGAGGGGGUGGUGGCACUGUUAAUAGCAUUGCUAAUCGUUGAAUUAUGUCUUCUAUAUUAAAUUAACUGAAUGUUCAAAAAGCCAUAAGCCCGAAGAUUGGCACUGCGUGCAAAAAAUAAUAGUAUAGGGAAAAACAAGCUGUGUCUUCUAAACUGCCUGAGUGAAAAGCAAUCAAGUCUAAGAAAUUACAGUAGAUAUCAAGUCUAAGAAAAUAAAUCAGAAUCCUUUUGUGUGGAUCAAAUAUUUGAUCUAACCGAGGAAAAAAAAAGCUACAAAACCUGCCAUUAGUAUUAUUCUGUAAUUUGAAAAAACAACAACAGGAAAGCGUAUUGAUGAACAAUGAAAUUAAGUUCAACAGAACAGCUCCUACACUGCCCUCAGAAGGGAGCUUUGCAGUUAAUGUCAGUCAGGAUUCAUCUGUGCAAAAACCACAGAUUUCCAGAUUCAACCAGCAUAGCCAGCAGAAAACAAAAAAAAGAUCCACACUGCAUGGAUUCCUUUUGGAAGUGGGGGGGGGGGGGAACACAAAAAGCAAACAAUUUUUUUAAUUCAAAGAUGACAAAGUUCUUGUAAGGUAAAUAAUGUAUUUAGCAUGAAGCAUGAAUUAUUUUCAUAUAAAUAUAGAAAAUAGAGAAAAAGGCUAUGCCUCUAAUUUUUAAGCCCUUAGGCUUAAGAGUUUGGUUGGUUUAUUUUAUUUUUUUGUUUCUGUUUUGUUUCUGUUUUGGUUUUGGUUCUUUUCUGUUGUUGGGUUGUUUCUUUGUGGAUUUUUUUUUUUUUUUUUUUUUUUUGAAGCAGGUGUUUAAGGUUUAACCUUCUUCAGGGACAAACACUGACUGUUGGGAAACUUACUCUGCAAUAUUAAAAAAUAAAAUCUUCAUGCUCUGGUAGGGCUUGGAUGGUUGAAUUAUACUGCCUUGUCUGCACAUUCAGCCCCCUCUCCCUACUUCUCUUAAAAAAAAAAAAAAAAAAGAAAAAAAAAGAAAAAAAAAAGUAAAAGUGUGUCCUUUCUUCGUCUGUACAUGUGUAACAUGACGCAAUAAUCUGAGGGCAAGUUUAGUAGUGAGUGUGUAUGACAGAAUCAAGAGAAUAAUGGGAGAAUAAUUGAGCAAAACUCUCUGAUUUGAUUCAGGAAUAAGUAGACAAGAAAAUAGCUUUGCUAAUUUGCCAUGAGAAAAUGAAGUUAUUAACAGCCUUAUUGAGGUGUCCUGAGAAAAAACAGUGCAACAGAGGGUGUGAUUCAGGUAUAGUGCUUCUCUCCUGGCACGGUGAUUGUUAGAUUGGAGAUCCGUGCAGCCAAGGAAGCCAUGAAAUAGAUAAUGCAGUCUCUCUCACCUGGAUUCGUCACUUUGGCAUGAAAAAGUUCCAUAUUUAAAAUAUCCUAGAGACAAGGAGAAAAUCCCAGGGACUGAAAAACCCUGCCACUUAACAAAAUGAAAUGGUUUCUGAUAGAGAAUACAGGUGUAUAUCCCAAAAACUGUUCAGUCAGCAGCACCAAGGUGGAUCUGAUUCCUGAAGAGUGAGUUAGGGAAGGGUCUGACUUCCCUCUCAGUGGAGUGAAAGGAGAGUUGCAUUUGGUGUAUAUGCAGUUAGGAAGUGGAAAGACCAACCAGUAGACUGGGCUGGACCUGGCAGCCUUCUCGAGCUCCACAAACGUUUUGUAAUACAAAAAACAGGACCAUGCCAGGGGCAGUGUGCCAAAAUUGUGCCUCUCCUCCCAUCUCACUCAGUGUGCCCUGGGAUCCAGGGAGCCUUGUCAAGGAUUGUAUGACAGCUGCUGGAGCCGAACAUGACUGCCAGCUAUGCAGAUAAGGAAGGAGGGAGCCAAGGAUGGUGCAGGGAACAGCUCUGUGCUCUCCUGUUUGCUGGUCCUGGAGCUGAGACAUGCAGCAUAUUACAGCUUUUGAGAUAAAGUUGGGGAAAACAAAGUUUUCUGUUGGCAAUGGAGCGUGGAGAUGGAUGAGCCAUGUCUUUCCAUUUUGAUAGAGCCCUCUUGGUGUGAUUGGGCUGCGACAGUCCCUUGCCACUUGGUCUGUAGGCAGAAUGCACAGGCAUUGAACCACACAGUCCUGCGCAUGAGAAUUCGGUCCUUCAUUGUUUUAUAAACUUCGAGGGCAGUCAUUUGAAAUACGAAGUAGUACAGUACGAGCUUGCCACCACCUUUGCUCAUUAAUGCAUAAGUUGUUCUGCAGAGGAGGUAUUUUAAUAUAUACCAGAAAGCAACAUUUAAAAGUCAAAUUCAUGGCAGAAAAUGCACUGAAAAUGGGGCUCUGCCAUUUCUUUCCUCCAGAGAAGGCGAUGUCGUUGUCUGCUGGUGGCCAGAUCCUGCCCAGUCGAAACACUAAUUGCAAAGCAUUAUUACUGACUGCAGUACAUCAGUGCAAACAAGAUCAGUGUCUGCUGCACAGCAAGUACUAUUCAUUAAUGUGGACUCUUGGUGGCUAAAUAUGUAAUUACCACUAGUAUUACCUUAGAAAUUGGUCAUUUUGCAUAAAUAUCUAAUUAAGCAGGUUAUCUUUAUAAGUAUACACAUAUAUAAUCUAUCUAAGACUUCAACACCUUUUUAUACUUGCUGGUAGACGUAAACUGUUGGCAGGUGUCUGUUUUCAUGUGAAAUGUGUUCCUCCUCAUUUGAUCUGCUGAGGAGUUCACAGUUUGGCUGAGUGCUAAUCAACAGAUGACUUGAUGCUUCCUCUAACUAUUGACAAGUAUAUAAUUUGGACUUGUAUAAAAUAUUUAUGAGUCGCCUUUUAAAACAUUUUUGUGGCUAGGUAAAAAUGGCAGCUUUGUCAGAAUUGGUAAUACUUCAUCAGAAAAGUUCUAUCUUGUUUUAAUUAUUAUUAAGAAUUGAGUGUGUUUUUCCAGAAGAAAAAAAAAGUCAUCUCCUCAACCCAAUUGUCUCUCCUUACAGUGAGUCAUGCCAAAACUGGGUGGUAAUUGCACUGCAUUACAAGCUCUCUCACUUGCCAGACAUGAGGUGGUUGGGUUUUGCUUGUUUCCUUUCUUUACUAAGCCAUUUUGGGGUGAGAAGUCAUAGAAUCUCUUAACUUUCUGUUUUCCUCACCCUAUCAGUAUUGCCAAAUUAAUGGUUCUCCAGAACAGGUGGGGACUAGAGGAAUCCUGGUAGGUCAGCAAGCUUUUAGUGGCAAGUUUCAUAUGGAUGUGUGUUGUAGGGGUCACUCAGACUUCACCAGGAGUUUCCUUGGAAAUAUACCCUCUGCAGGGAGAAGCUCUUGCAGUCCAGAUGCCACAAGCAGAUUUCACAGGAGUCUUCAGGGAGGUGAAAUCUGUUGGUCAUGUUUGCAUGCUGCAAGCAGUUGGAUGUUCUCAUGAGAAGUCAUUUUGAUGCAGAUUUUUGCCUGCAUUUAGAGAUUUGGGCACGGUUCUUGAACAGCUGUAAUACAACAUCCCGUAGCAGUUUCUGAAAGCAAUUUGAUGAGACAUGCUGUUAGGACCGCAGAACUAAGCCUGUGGCUGUAUUCUUACUGGUAAUUCAAGUGAUGUCCAGGCUGACUCCUGUCUUACCUUAAAUUGGGAGAAAAGAAUCCCAAAGGAGGUGCAUCAGCUUCCAGUGUUCAACUGAAUUACUGUCUACCUUUGCAAAAGAUACAAGGAAGCUCUGUGGGCUGUGUUCUUCACCAGAGUGGGGUAGAGGGGUGUCAACAUACUUGAACGUACUAAAUCCUAAGUUGUAUGCCAAAUGGCACCAUGGAUAAAAUGGCCAUUUUCUCAGUAGCCAAAUCAUCGAGAUCCUAAUUUUUCUGGAAUUAUUUCUGUAUCUAAACAUGCAGAUAGGCACAGUCUGGGAUUUUCCAGUACCUCAGGGUGUCUCGUCUCCUUUGCAGUCAAUGGAGCUACAGACAUCCAGGUGCUCUUGAAAAUCUAUACUGUUCUAUUAUUACCAUUUUUCCUUUGAUCUGGCCCAAGUAGUUUUUUCAAACAUUGCUGUCCUGUGCUCCAGGAUUAACGUAUAGAGAGAAUGCAUUUACUUCCAGAUGCAAUGCAAUUUACUUCACUUCAUGGAGAAUGCAGACGUUCCUUCGAGUAUCCCGCUGCUGCUUGAACAGCUCAUGGGCAUACUUUACAGGAAAUGUUUUGAAAACUUUUUCUUGACUUUGCCACCAAAAGAGCAUUUGAACCAUACAUCCUCUUGAUUGUAACAGAAUAUCAGUGUUGACUGUCUGACCAGUUAAGUUUUAGUAGUGUUCUUCACAGCCCUCCAGUAAUAUAUCAAACACUGUUAUGCACAUAAUGCAGCACUGUGAUCUAAUUUAAAUAAUACUUUUUUAUUAUUUAUACUACUCUAUGUAAUAUACAUCAACACUUUGCUAUAUAACCUAAGUGAUAACCCUCUUCUUAGUUAUCUGCCAAACUUUGAAUUUCUGUUUGGUUUAUAUUGCAUUUAGCACAGUUACCAAGUUGUAAUGAUGUCUCUUUUCCUUUGAAAUGGAAUGUGUAAGUCAAACUAUACAUUUGUGUGUUUCUGUUUUAAGCUGGAGUUUAUAAGGAUUUACACACAACAUUCGGUGUUCUGUAUAAAUCUGCAUACAUUUGUGAAUUCAUCUGCUAAUCCCCUUUUCUUUAGAAAGUAUUAAUGGUGGUUUAUUAGGGGUUUUUUUGUUCUUUUUUUUUUGUUUUGUUUUGUUUUUUUUUUUUGCAUUUUUACUUCUAGUACUGGUUAUUCUUGAAUUAAGCAGAGACUUGUCAGCUGGGUUGCUUUAUCAUGUACAUGACCUUACAAUUCUUCCACAGUUCAGCCAACAAGUACUAGCUUCACUGACCAAAAAAAGUCUCAACCUAAUGUGUCUAUGGUGCUGUAUUUUGCUGGUGUACAUUUAAAACCAGAAAUGAUCUAGAGGUCACUUUGAGUUGUUCUAAUAAGUAGCCUUUCCUGGUUUGGGGAGCUUGGGUUUUGUUUUUGUUUUAGCAUUGAAACAUGAAGUAUUUAUCUGAAGCUGUAUCAUGGUUUUUCUACUGUAUCACGUUUCCUUUUGCAAAAAGGGGAAACGGGCCUGAUGGAACAGCCUCUCACAGGCAGUGGAAGGCGUUUCUGUUUCAGUUUUUCUUUUCUCUUAAUUUCAUUGGCCGUUGGAUCAGGCCAGCAGUCUGAGAGUUCAUUAUCUGAGGGUUUAAGGGAUAACUGCAACUUGUGCUAGAAUUGUGUGUUGCAUUCUGCAACGGCCAUCAUCUAGAAAUGGGAAUCUCUUUACUCUGGCCUAAAAUGCCAAGACAUUUUUUCUUUCAGAUUAACCAUUGAACUUCAGUACAUUUUUAAGUUAACAGAGCAUUGUACAUUUCUGAGUAUGUGUGUGGGAUGACAAUUGAAAGUAAUACCUGUACCUGAUAACCAGUUCCAUGCCUGCAUCAUUCACACUCACUACUUAAAACUGCCAUGAUGUAAAAUGUCGGGGGGAAUGAUUUGUGUGUGUAUGAAAAGCAUUAUGGACUUGUACAUUUUUUUUAUACUCUGAUCUGUAAUUUCUGAAAUAUUUUGUUUUACAGAAAAAAAAAAAAAAAAGUGAUAAAGCAAUCAAAAGACCAAGAGAUUUAAUAUCAGUGCUUAAGGGUCACAGGACCUUAACUGGCCAAUAUGUUAAUUCAGUACAGUGAUAAGCCAAUUUUUUUUCCUGUACUUGGCGUCUGAAACUGCCAAUUUCAUCAAUAUUAAAAUACAAACUGUGAUGGGGAAUGAACAGUGAUGUUAAGUUGUAUUUGUGUUUACCUAAAUGAGCAGUCCGAAGACAAGUGCAAUCAGCUGAUCUUUAGGGAAUAUGAAAAUGUUGAUUUAGAGGCAUACUUGCAUUUUACAUUUUCUUGAUGUGUAAUCAUAUUGCCAAAGACAAACUACUUCAUCAAUUAUUAUUGUAAAUAACACUUUCCCAAAACCUACCAUAAAGUUUCUGUGAUGUAUUGUCUUCCAGUUGCAAUAAAAAUUACUGAGUUGCAUCAA